CGUCAAUAUAAUAAGUCGCCGGCAAAGCUGGCGUUUGUUUUAAACAUUUUUAUAUUUGAUAACAACGCUUGAUCUACAAAACACGAGAUAAUUUGGAAGUGACCGAAAUAGACGUCGUUUUUGGGUGAUCGCCAAUUUUGUGAGAUAAACUUUGACUGUUCUAGUUUCUAGUAUUAAGAUGGGUUCUUUAAAAUUCGAAAGUUAUAAUAACUCUGAAGAAAUAACUUCGGUGUUUAUAAAUUUAGUGAAUGACGACAGUUAUAAAGACAGUUAUUUCGAUGAAUAUGGAGUGAAGAGUUUUUUGAAGGGCAUGGGGAGGAUGUUCUACAUUGUGAAUCCCUCCGAGACUACGUUUAGAGAUGUGAACGAUGUACCUUCUUUCUACAGAGAUGCUUGGCCAUAUUUCCUCCUAUUCAUGCUGAUAGAAAACAUACUUCUUAUUAUCGAAAACAGGCCACUUUAUCGACUGAAUGACACUAUUACCAGCUUAUCACAUGGGCUAAUAGAACAUAGUGGAAAACUUUUAUUUAGAGCUGGAGAAAGUUAUGCCUACUUCUACAUCUACCAACAUUUCAAACUGAUGGAGUUACCGUGGAAUCGACCAAUAACAUGGUAUCUAGCUGCUAUUGGUGUAGAUUUUUGCUACUACUGGGUCCAUAGAGCUUGUCAUGAGGUCCACAUCCUUUGGGCGCAACAUCAAGUACAUCAUAGUUCAGAAGAAUUCAAUCUAGCUGUAGGUCUUAGGCAAUCAAUUCUUCAAGGAUGGUGUGGAUUUAUAUUUUAUCUUCCUUUGGCGUUUUAUAUCCCGCCUGCUCAUUUUAUAACGCAUCAACAAUUCAAUCUGCUAUAUCAAUUUUGGAUACACACGAAGUCUAUAAAAACGCUGGGACCGCUAGAAUACAUUUUCAAUACUCCUCAACAUCAUCGGGUUCAUCAUGGUAGUAACAUCUACUGUCUGGACAAAAACUAUGGCGGCGUUUUGAUAAUUUGGGACAGGAUUUUUGGAACUUUCGCAGAAGAAAAGAAAGAUGAGGAGAUAGUUUAUGGCCUAGUCUAUAAUCAACCUUCAUUUAAUCCUCUACAUCUACAGACUUUCUAUACAGAGUAUGUUAUCCAAAGAUUCAAUAGUAUGACGACGUGGAGGCACAAGUUAGCAGCGAUAUUUUACGGUCCAAGUUGGCAACCUGGAAAACCUAGGCUUGGACUUGAGGAAGACAAAGUUAAGGUUGUACCGAGACCUGUAUAUGAUGUGAGAAUCCCUCUUUGGUGCAAUAUCUACCUCUUAAUACACUUUUCUAUUAUGGUGUAUGGAUUUCACUUGUUGGCAGUCCAUCAUGUGGUAAGUUGAGAUAUAUACUCAAAGAUAUUUUCUUCCAGACUCAAACAUUUUUUGAAACUGAGUUUUUGGACAUUUUGAGACCUCUACAUUACGAAAUUAUGUGACAUAUUUCUGAUUCCAGUACAUGUAAUCCACGCGUUAGUGAUGGAGUGAUGAAAAAACAAACUCAAAACCAUUUUAAACUUCGCAUUCAUGUUUUUUGGAUGGACGCUGUAGAAAAUUACUGAUUCAAUCUAUCUGACCAAUUUUUUUCUUUGCAGGGCCUAAAUCCACUGACGGUCCUUACAUUCGUGAUCUACAUCAUAGGAUCUCUUACUGCAAUCGGGAUGCUGUUUGACAACAAACCCAAUGCCUGCGUUUUCGAACUAUGUAGAUGCAUGGUACUAGUUACUCUGAUUCAAAGGAUGCAGUUUAUCAAUAUCAAUGAAAAUCUUUUGCUUACGUUUGAGAUAUUUUUCGUAUUAUCAGGCCUGUUUUGGUUCCUGCAAAGUAUAAAGGUCUUGCAGAUAUCCUCCAAGAUAAAAUUACAUUAGAAUGACAAGUUCAAAAUGUUAUGUAAUAGUAAUUGUCCUCAUUUUAUUUGUGAUAUGCUGUGAUACCUGUAUAAACAUUAGCUAUAUAUUAGCUAUAUAUGUGAUUAUUUAUUGUAUAAAUAUUAUUUUUGUACUGUACUGUGUAUAAGUUUACCUGUGAAUUAAUAUAUGUGAAAAAAUGAC